AUGGCAAACAUCACUACUGCCCAUGAUCUUCAUGUUGGUUCUCCUUAUCCAUCUCCAUUACCAAAUAAUGUGGGUUCGGCUGAUGAGUAUGAUGAGUCCUACGUGGAAUCCUAUCAUAUUUGGGAGGAUCUCAAGGCACAAUUCUCUCAAGUGAAUGGCCCUCGCAUGUUUCAACUAGAACAAGAUAUUUCCAAUCUUGUUCAAGGUACUAUGUUAGUGGCCACAUACUUCUCCAAACUGAAGAGUCUUUGGGAUGAACUUUCUGCACUUCAACCUAAUCUUUCAUGUUCUUGUGGUGCCAUGAAAGAUGUCUUACAACUUCAACAUAACCGAAGUACCACAAAGUUUUUAAUGGGGCUCAAUGGAUCAUAUACUACCAUUCGCAGACACAUCCUCCUGAUGGACCCUCUAUCUUCUAUCAACCAAGCCUAUGCCUUAGUUCUUCAAAAGAAACGACAACGCAACAUUUCUAUUCCAUCCACCGUUGAAGGCGUUGCUCUAGCAGCUAAAAGUGGUCCCCCGCCAUGGAAGAAUGGUAGAUUAGGACAACCUAAGAAGGAUCGACCGAAGUGCAUUCAAUGUGGUCGUGAUGGGCACACCAUUGAUUGUUGUUAUCAUCUCCACGGUUUCCCUCCAAGCUCUCGCUACACAAAGCUUGGUACCAAGCCCCCACCUCAUGCCCACUAG